AUGAUGCUGAUUGAAUCAUUAAUCUACCUUCACUUGGAUUACUGUAGUGUUGUUUACUUCAGCUUCUUGACAAAAGAACUGAGAAAUAAAAUUCAGUUAGCACAAAAUUCUUGUCUACGAUUUGUCUCUUGUACUGGUAUCAAAACAACAAUUAUCCAUCCAGCUACAGAAAAGCACAUCACAAAAUACUCCUCCCACAAUUGCUACAUAGUGGACGAAACCCCAGAAAUCUACAACAAAAUCGUUUUGCCUCAAAUAAUUCAAGACAAAUUCGACUUGCAGUGGGUCUACAACAUUCUAGAGCACAAAUCUGAAAGCGACAGGAUUUUGAUUGAAGACACUGAUCCAGUGGAUGGAUUUGUAGUUGUGCCCGAUCUAAAAUGGAAUGGGGAAAUUGAUACUUUGUAUUUUCUAGCUAUUUGUAAUCGGCGCGAUUUGAAAUCUUUGAGGGAUUUGACUGGAGAUCAUUUGGUUUUACUUAACAAUAUCAAAACAAAAACUCUUCAAGCUAUUGAAGCAAAAUAUAAACUAGACAGCUCUCAAUUGAGAAUCUACUUACAUUAUCAACCAUCAUUUUAUCAUUUACAUAUUCAUUUUACUUACAUUAAGCACGAAGCUCCAGGUAUUUUAGCUGAAAGAGCCCAUUUACUCACUAUUGUAAUUGGAAAUCUUCAACUAGCUUCUGAUUAUUACAAAAAAAUCACUAUUCCUUUUGUAGUAAGAGAAAACGACAAACUAUUUGCCAGACUUGAAAAAGAGGGCAUUUUAAAAUGUACAAAACAUGUAUUUUUCACAUCCACAGACGAUAGUUUUGGCAGCUUCAAGACUGAAUUACUCAAAAGCCAUUUGCCAAACAAUCCCUUGGCUAGGCCUUGUGAAAUUGCUAAGGAUUUAGCUUAUAUGAUUCAAUGUAAAAAUUGUUCCAGAAAUUUGGUUGACACAAAAAUUAAAUUUCAAAAAAUAUUACCAUUGCCUGACAAUCCAGAUUCAAGCGAUUGGUUUUGUCACGGCCAUAACUCAAAUGAUUUUUGUCUUGAGCCUCAAAAAAAUGACUUGUUUUAUGGUAAUUGUUUUGUGCAUUUGUACAAAAAUUGUUUGAGUAAUUUUCUAACUAAAAAUGAUGUGCUUGUGUGCAAGUUUUGCUUUAAUUGGCUGGGGGUUGUGGAACAAAGUGCCACAAAAUUGUGGUUUAAUACUGUCAAGUUUGUUGAUGAUGAAUUAGGGGUAGUUGAAUCAACUGGGCUGUCAGAUGUUUGUGUUUUGAUUAAAAAUUUGUUUAGGAAUCAACUAUUUAAUUCGCUGAAAACAAUUUUGAGGUUUAAGCUGGAUGAUGGCAAUGUAAACUAUUUGUUUUUGUGGGUAUUAGAGAAGCAAUUGAAAGUUGUUUUUAAUGAUGAGGAAAAGAAUGUUGCUAAGAUUUUGUUUAAGUUUUUUGAGGAUGAUAGUGAUGAGAUUUUUGUGCAGUGGCACAAUGAUUACAGGGUGGAGGUUACAGACAUUUCCAAAGUGAUGAUGGUUGAAAUUUUGAAGCAUUUGCACGAGAACAAUGGAGUGUUUCCUAAAGAGUUUUCGAUUUCGAAUGAUUUUUUAGUUUCGUAUUUGUUUAUGUAUGAUUAA